UGCCGCGUGCCACGCUCGUGCUGCUGCUGAGCGCGUUGGCGCACGCCACCAUCAUCGCUGACCAGCCCACCCUCUCGGACCGCAUCCAAAAACUCUAUGAGAAACUAGACAAUUUCUCGCUCAAAACGACCGAAACAUCUCUUGACCAUAUAGAAAAGCUAUACGAGAAUCCCGAAAAUCCUCAGAAAGCACGCAACGUAUCGAUAAGUUGUACGAAAAGCUGGACCGCCUGAAUUCUUUGACGCUGGACGAAAGUAACCCGAAGUAUCUGUCGGAUGACGAUGAGGAGCUGCUGUACGCUCUGCAGGAGUGGGACAUGUUGGACGACGACUUCGGCGCUGAGGCCAAGUACCUGCAGCGGCUCAAGCCCGAAGACGGAGACUAUGAUGACGAGGAAUUUGACAUGGAAGAUGACUACGCCAUGGACGACGGCGAAGAACUAGAACCAGAAGACCGGGAGGGCACCACCGCCAGGACCGCGAGGUUCCCCACCCCGUCGGCUCUCAACCGGAUCGGGACGGUCUUCUCACCCUUGUCUGUUAUGGGCGACACCAGAUCCGUGGUCAGAGAUACCCCGCAGAUUGUCGAGUUGGAAAAUGUGGUUUCGGCGGCAGACAGCAUGGCCGCGACCAAGGAGAGACCCAGGAUUUUAGACGAUUCAUUGUUGACGAAACAGGAGCAAGCGGGCGUAGCGAGAGCAGCUCGCGCGUAUUUGUCGGCAAUGGUGCCGCGCGGCAAAUGCAUCACGCCGCAACCUCGCUGGCUGUCUGUGCGGCACAUGGCUCCAGCAUCUGACACCCUAUACCGGCCAACUUGUGUACUGCUGCACCGCUGCGCCGCCGACACGGGCUGCUGCCACAACGAGGAGCAGGUGUGCGCGCCCGUGGAGGGCCACUACGUCAUCAUCCCUUUAUACUUAAGAAAACCCAGUGGGCUCAUGGUAGCCCGCAUGCAGUUCUUCAACCACACCCGCUGUGCCUGCGUCUCCCAAGAGACGCUGCAGACCGUCCCACGAGCACCUCGCCGCCAUGUUCAAGAGAUCAACAGUCAACGAGAGAACCACAGUCUUAGCCAGAACACCAUCCAGGAAAGGCCAGACAAGCGCCAGGUUGGAACGGUAGAAGCGAGAGAGAGACAGGAAGAUGCUGAGAGCACGAGUGCGAGUGUGAGCCAGAGUGAUUGGGCCACGCAAGAGCCUAAGCAGGAAAGCGAGACCGCUGCGCCGCCGCAGCUCAAAAGAUGCACCUGCCCGACGCUGUUCCUGGCCCGCGUGUCCGACGCCGGCUGCGUGUGCGUGUGCGACUGGAAGGACCUGCAGCGGCGCCGCGACUGCAUCUCCCUCUCCCGCGGGCGCGAGCACUUCGGCCUGCGAGACCGCGUCUGCGUCGGCACCGGCGACUGCAACCCGCCCACUUGCGAGUACGGCGUCUACGAGAGGAACUUCGGAAGGUGCCCCCUUAAAAGGUUUAGGAGGGGCAGGUUUAAGCCCGGGAAGUAUCUAGACAGAACGUUGACGGGAAGUUAGGUAUUAGUAAGUUAUGAGAUUGUUUUCAAGGGUCCGUCUAAUACCAGUAAAUGUAAUAGAAUGUUGUAUUAAAACCAAACAGGCUUAUUAGUCACAAUGAGAGCUAGAAGUACGAGUAUCAAAUCUUUAUUUAUUUACUGUUUUUAAUUUCUUUAUACCCAAAAAAUAUUGUUUAUGAUUAUCACAUCGAAGGUUCGGGUUCAAGUAACCGUGAGCAAGAUGGUUACGCAAGCUCGGUAUCGUGAUUGGUUUUGGCUUUUUUUUUAAACCGGACGAUUGCGAGUCCGGAGUCCGGGUGUUUCUGACUGUUAGAUAUACCUAGUGUAAGAGCUGUAAAACAAUAUCACUUGCUGAAUUAG